AUGAAACAUCAGAAUCAAGUUAGUUCAAAAUUUCAAGCUAUAGUUAGUGUUGCUCUUGUAUCAUCUUCAUCUUUACUAUCUCAUUCAUCUAGUGCUACUAAUCCUUCAUUCUCAAAACAUCAUCUUUCUAAUAAUAAUACGCCAGUUCUUCCUUCUUAUGCAGUAUUACCACCUUCACAUGCUCGCCCAUCAUCAUCAACUGAUGAUAAUCGAUCUAUAACACUUGCUGAACCAAUAACAAGUCAUUCAGGAUCUCAUCAUCGUCAUGCACAUCGCAACAGUUCAUUAUCAACGCUUGAUCAAGAAAAACAUUCGAAAUUUCUAUCAAAAAUUAGUCAAAAUGAUACAUUACAACGUCGAAAUCGUGAUCUACAAUUGAAUAACCAUUUAAGACUAUAUCAACAAACAUGA